GUGUAAGUGUCAGUUACUUGUCAAAAAGAAAGAAAGAGGUAAAAAAAAAAAGAGCGCAUAAUCUUUAGGACCAUAUAGUCAGUGUGUGUUAAGAAAUUUCUGAACCCGCCCUAAAGAACUGAAGUACAAGCCAAAGUGAAGCGAAGGGCGAAAGGAAGAAAAGCGAGAGAGAAUUGAAGUGUAAUGGCUGUCAUCUCGUGAGAUGAAGGUGCCCAGUUUGUUCAGCAAUUCCACAAUGGAGGAUAGCUCCACAUCUCCUUCGCAAAAUUACAACGGACAAAUAUCUGGUGGAGCAAAUAUUUUACUCUCGAAUAAUAAGCAUCAAGGUAGUGAUAAUGGAAGUGCUAAUUUAAAGGAAGUAGUGAAAGAUCAGAGACCACAAUACUCAAUGCCUGGUAUACUACACUUCAUUCAACAUGAAUGGGCUCGUUUUGAACUCGAAAGAUCACAGUGGGAACUCGAUAGAGCAGAAUUUCAAGCUAGAAUAGCAUUCCUUCAAGGCGAAAGAAAGGGUCAAGAAAAUUUAAAAAAUGACCUCGUUAGGCGAAUAAAAAUGCUGGAAUAUGCAUUAAAGCAAGAGAGAUUGAAGUAUCACAAAUUAAAAUAUGGUACUGAUUUAAUAAUUCAAGACGGCAAACCACCUGGUUAUGAGGAAAGCAGUACAUGCACAGGUUCCGAAGGAGGUGCUGGUGAUGCGGAAGUGACAUUCUCAUCAGUUAGCAAUGUAACUUGGCGAAGAAGCCGACAGCUUUUACGACAGUAUCUACAGGAAAUAGGUUACACCGAUACAAUCAUUGACGUUCGUUCAAAUAGAGUUCGAUCACUUCUUGGAUUAAACAAUAAUACCGAAUCAGAUGAAUUAAAUACUCCAGCUCUCAAUGGAAAUGAUCCAUCUAAUAAACGAACGGGUGAAAGAUUAACUACAACAAAAAAAGUAGAGCAACAACCAACAUCAUUUGGUGAAGCUAUAUUACUCGAUACUGAAGCAGCUAUUUUGGCGAACUUCAACUUUCUGGUCAAUCAACACGACGAUAGACAAAAUAUGGAAGAAGAUGAAGAUGAUGCCGAUGACGAAGUUUAUGAUUCAAAGCCAGAGGCAAAACACAAUAAGGCAUCUUUGUUGUUUGGAGACGUCGACGCUGAAGCAGAAGACGUAUUAAAUGAAUUGAAUUUACUCUCCGAACAUGAAGAAUCUGCCAUUCACGUGGAUAUGGAUCCUUCUGAUUGGAACGCUGUAAGACGUAGAGGAUUACAAUCUGAUUCACGACAACCAUGCGAAGAAAGCGAUUCCGUUUUGGGACUUGGGGAAUUAGCACAAUUAACCGUCAAUAACGAUGCAGAAGCUGCUUAUGAUAUGACGACAAAUACGGAAGAAGCUUUCCGAAAGACGUGGAACGCAAAAUAUACUUUACGCUCACAUUUCGAUGGCGUUCGAGCACUCGUCUUCCAUCCAACAGAUCCUGUUUUAAUUACCGGAAGUGAUGAUCACACAUUAAAAUUGUGGAAUCUACACAAAACUGUCCCCGCUAAAAAAUCAGCUUCAUUGGACGUAGAGCCACUGUACACAUUUAGGUCACACACUGGUCCAGUUUUAUGCUUAGCAAUGUGUAGCAGCGGAAGCCGUUGUUAUAGCGGCGGAUCAGACGGCAUGAUUCACUGUUGGACGCUUCCAUCAUCAAAUAUUGACCCAUACGAUUCCUAUGAUCCAAAUGUUUUGAGUGGUACUUUGGUUGGACACAAUGAUGCUGUUUGGGGAUUGAGCAUGUAUCAACCAAGAUCACAAUUACUUUCUGCAAGCGCUGAUGGAACUGUUAAAUUGUGGAGUCCACAAAAUAAAAUUCCCCUCCUCAAUACAUUUACAUCGGAACAAGAUGGUGUUCCAACUUCCGUUGAUUUCGUGAGGGACGAGCCACAUAAAUUGGUUGUUGCUUAUGAAGAAGCUUGCAUUGUUUUUGACGCUGAAACUGCAACGCCAGUUUGUAGAUUGGAAAAUAAUGGAACAAAAGGUGUUAACAGGGUCGUUGCACAUCCAAUAUUACCGAUAAUCGUAGCAGCUCAUGAAGAUAGACACAUUCGAUUUUAUGAUCAUCGUUCAGCGACAUUAGCUCAUGCAAUGGUUGCACAUUUAGACGCUGUCACUAGUCUUGCUGUUGAUCCACAUGGAUUAUAUCUAUUAUCGGGAAGUCACGAUUGCAGUAUAAGAUUAUGGAAUAUGGACAAUAAAACUUGUGUUCAAGAAAUAACGGCACAUCGCAAAAAAUUCGAUGAGAGCAUUUUAGACGUAGCCUUUCAUCCUUCACGUCCAUUUAUUGCGAGUGCAGGAGCCGAUGCACUAGCAAAAGUAUUUGUGUGAGAAAAUCAUAUUUGAAUUCCAAGUUCUUUAAGAUCCUGACAUCCAUUACCAACACGUACACACAUAAAAAAAAGAAACACACACACACACACACACACACACACACAGAGACACAUACAUUAAAACAUAAAAAAAACAUACACCAAAACAUAUAUAUAUAUAUAAUGCAACCAUUUUUUAAAAACUUAAAAAGUCCUUUUAUAUAAUUUUAUGCGUAUUAUGUAUCAUAUAUCGACAAUUAUUUCAAGUUACACGACAUAUAUGAGAAAAGUUGCAAGUAGUUUUUUAGGUAUAUAAAAAUUCGAUGUUAGAUACUCAUUGUAGAAUAUAAUAGUUAAUCUAUAUAAUUAUUCUUAUGAUUAUGACACUUCACGUUAAUCUAUUUGUUAAUAAUAAUAAAUAUUCAUCUGGCA